GCCCAUGGCUGUGCUGCGGGGCGGCUCCAGUGCAGGGCCGAGCGUGGCGUCCCGGGGGAGCGGGACGAGCCCCGGCCCCGCGCCCCGCUCAGCCCCGGCCGGGGCUGCCAUUGGCUCCGGCGGGAGCGCUGACCGCCAGCCGCCUCCGAACUAUUUCCUGUUGCUGCAGCGUUAAUGCUAAACAGACCUUGCUCUCUCUUCCCUCGCUCCAGCCAAAGUGCAGCGGCUCUGCCGCCGCCGCCUUCCCAGCCCGAUGCCAAGCAUGUGCCGUCCCUGGAGCCGCUGAGAAGUGCCAGGCACAGGAACAGGAUGGAGAGCUGCCGGAGGGACAUGGAGCUGCUCAGCAACAGCAUGGCCGCAUACGCCCACAUCCGAGCCAACCCCGAGAGCUUCGGGCUCUACUUCGUGCUGGGCGUUUGCUUCGGGCUGGUGCUGACCCUGUGCCUGCUGGUGCUGCGCUUGUCCUGCCGGCCCGCCCCGCGGCCCCCGGCGCGCCCCGACCUCAGCGAGGAUGAGGAUGAGGACGACGACGAGGACGAAGAGGACACCGUCGACCGCGCAGCGUCUGAGUCGCUGCUGCCGGUGACCGAGAUCCCGCUGGAGAGCCACGGUCCCGGGGACGGGGCUCUGGCCGUGAACGUGUUCGCGUCGGCCGAGGAGCUGGAGCGGGCGCAGCGGCUGGAGGARCGGGAGCGCAUCAUCCGCGAGAUCUGGCGCAAUGGGCAGCCCGACAUCCUGGGCUCCGGCACCAUCGGCACCCUGGGCCGCGUCCACUACUACUGAGCCCGGCCGCUGCCCUGGGGCCGUGUCCGCUCCCCACAGCUGACCCCACACCGUGUCAGGAGCGAGCAGGAGGGCGGCGGGGCUGCCCUGGACUGUCCCUGCACCACGGACAGCCGGACCCCGCUGUCACGGGCACCCCCGGGGCUGGAUUCGCCCCCGCCGCUGUGGGACACGAUGCACUUUGAGCCAUUGGUACGACGGCUGGCASCAGCCGAGCAGCCCCGGGACACGCGGGGACAGGGACAAGGACAGAGGGUUUCACCAGGUGGGGCAGGGCCGGGCUGUACGUCCGUGUGAGCCGUGGGGUCCUGCCCCUUAAACAUGGUGCUGUUUUACACGAACUGGAGCCCAGCGUGGCGGGUCCGGCGUUUUGGGGGGCCCCGGACACAGCGACGGCCGCGGCUUCUCCCCGCGCCAAUUCCCUUCCCGGCCCCACUAAAAUUAGCCGGGACUUUUCCGGCACCGCCCGCCGUGACCCAGCGCCCUCCCGGCCGGACCAGGGCGGAUGUUCCCGCUGGACUCCGGACCGGCCGCUGCUCCCCGGGGAUGCGGCAGCUCCCGCCGGGCUGAGCCGCAUCCUGCCCCGCUCCCAGCUCCAGCCCCGCGGGGUGCGGGGCCCCGCUGCCCCCUCCCCGGCAGCUUUAUAAAAAUAGCUCCUUCCCAGGCUGGUCCCCCCUCCUCCGCCAGCGCCAGCGGGAUCCAGAUGUUUUCCAGAUGUUCUCCAGUGGCUGGAGGCCAGGAUGUGCUGGGGCUGGGAGUGGGGCUGCCCUGGGAAACUGUGCGGGGGUGGAG